GGGUGCUGUAUCUGCUUACUACUUGCUUUUGGUUGGGCUGUUGCUUCACUGGUCAGAAAAAAGGAAAUUCGCAAGAUGAGGCGCAAAAUGGCAUCUGGACAUAGUUUUGCAUUUCUUUGUGAUGACGUAGAUGAGCUUGAGCACUCUGUCCAGCAGAAAUUACCUAUGGUCUCUGUAGUCAUGCCUUUGAAGGGAUUUGGGGAACACAAUUUGCAAAACUGGAGAACCCAGAUUACUUCUCUUUAUGGGGGGCCAUUGGAAUUCUUGUUCGUAGUAGAAAGCAAAGACGAUCCAGCUUAUCGUGCCGUCUCCCGUUUGAUUGUAGAGUACAAGGACAAAUUGGACGCAAAGGUGGUUGUAGCUGGGUUUUCAACAACGUGUAGCCAGAAAAUUCAUAAUCAGUUAAUUGGUGUUGAAAAGAUGCACAAGGACAGCAAAUAUGUUCUAUUUCUAGACGAUGAUGUCAGACUGCAUCCUGGGACAGUCGGAGCUCUCACAAAAGAAAUGGAGAAGAACCCUGAGAUAUUUAUCCAAACGGGAUACCCCCUUGACUUACCUUCUGGCAGCUUGGGAAGCUAUUGCAUAUAUGAAUAUCACAUGCCCUGUUCGAUUGGAUUUGCAACUGGUGGGAGGACUUUCUUUUUGUGGGGUGGCUGUAUGAUGAUGCAUGCUGAUGAUUUCCGGCAAGACCUGUAUGGUUUAGUCACUGCACUAAAAAAUGGUGGUUACUCAGAUGAUAUGACCCUGGCUGCAAUCGCUGGGCAACAUAAAAGGCUCAUAACUUCACCACCGGUUGCUGUGUUUCCACAUCCUCUUGCAAGUGAUCUCAGCUUCUCCAGAUACUGGAAUUAUCUGAGGAAGCAAACUUUUGUUCUUGAAUCAUAUGUAUCAAAGGUCAACUGGAUAAUGAACCGUGCACUAUUUGGUGUGCAUUUCUAUUUGUCAUGGGGAUUUGUUUGUCCCUAUGUUAUGGCUUUGGUACAUAUUGCGACUACUCUUAGAGCACCAUACAGCACAAUUGUAAAGGAAGCAGCUGGCUCAUCUUGUGGUCUGAAACUAGUGAGCUUCUUGUUAAUAUGCACUCUCACUGAACUUGUUUCAAUGUGGAAUUUGACGAGAGUUGAGAUUCAACUCUGCAACAUGUUGUCUCCAGAAGGUCCACAAGACUCCCUUCGUUCAUAUAACUGGGGGCUUGUGUUCGUCGCCGUGUUAGUAGAUAAUUUCCUCUACCCGAUAUCUGCCAUCCGGUCUCACUUCUCCCAAUCAAUCAAUUGGUCUGGUAUCAGGUACUACCUGAGAGAUGGGAAAAUAAGCAAGAUUGAAAGGGAGAACAGUUUGAAGUACACCGAUCUCGGCGGGAAGCAUCUGUAUGGCAAGAAGACAUACCCUGCUGGAAAGUCGUUGCUCGGUUACCUGUCCAUAAGCCUAGCGCAAUGGCACCAGCCCAAGAAGUACGAUGUCUAAGAAAUUUGCCAAGUGGAAUUCUGUCCUCAAUUUUGUGGGGCGUCGUGUUGUACACCUGUGUUUUCUUCUUCUUCCUUUUCCUUUGGUUUAUUGAUUGAUUGGUUGGUAAUGGUAGGCUCUCUCAUUCUUACUGGAUUCAGUUGUUCAGGCAUUAAUUAAAAGGAUUGCACCUUAUACUAGUUCUUGUAACAUUACAGAUGUGUAGCGGGCAGAUUGGUUGAAGAAGUGAAAAUGUUCCAUA